AUGUCCGCCUACCCCGCCGUCGGCGCAUACGACCGCCGCGCUGCCCCUUCCGGCAGCGGGCCGGCCGCCAUGUACCCGCGCGUGGCGCACCCCGUGCCGUCCGCUUCCCCGUUCUCCGGCGGGGGCGGCACGUCCCACCACAUGCCGGUCAUGACAGCCGUCGGCGCAGGCGCGCCUAGCGGGGGCUUGGGCGGAGUGGGCGGAAUGGGCGGAAUGGGCGGACACGGCGCAAGUGGCGGAGCGCCAGGGCUUGCUGCAGGCCCGGCGCCCAUCGCGGUGUCCAUCAAGACGCAGCUGCGCGUCGCACAGCCCCCCCCAUUAGCGCCAGUGCAGGCGGUGACAGUGAGCGCAGCAGCGUUCGACUUUGACGUGGAGAAACAGCUGCUGUCCGAGGCCUCGGCGCUGCACCAGCGCACCAGCGUGGCCGUGAAGCGCGAGGUGGACCCACGUGCCAGCAAGUACACGCAGAUGGGUAUGAACAGAGAGGCAGUCAUCAUGGCUCUCGCCAUCCAUGGCGACUCGCACUCACAGGUGGUGGAUUUCUGCAAUGCAUACACGUUGUUAAGAGAGAUGGGCUUUGACCCGGUCGCCGUGGCGGGCUGUCUGGCGCUCUGUGGCAACGACCCGAGUCGUGUCGUCAACCCUGGGAGUCACCGCAAGACGAGCAGCAUGCACCUCUCGAUGACCCCGCACAGCACACCGCGCUGCCUCUUUCCGCGCACCACGCGGCGCCCCCUCGUAACCAGUCCAGCUGGCGCCCUGCCAUCCCCGUCGCUCUCCACUCCACUACAGCUUGGCCCGCCCACUUCCCCCGUCUCCCCGCACCUCCCCGCACAUCUCCACACCUCCCGCCCGCUUGUUCCCCGCCAGGAUGCUGUCCGCCCCUUUCCCCGGCGACCCGCUCCCUCGCCUCUCACUCCUUCAUCCGCUGCCCUGCCUCCCUUCCAGCACCGUACUGCCUCGUCUCACCUUCACACCCCUUCGCCUCUCGUCACUCCCUUCAAUGCAAUCAUCCCCCCACAUCAUCCCUUCACUACCCACUCAUUUGCAUCCCACCAUGCACCCAAGUCGCCAGCUCUAUGCUUCACUCCCUCCCUCCGUGCUCCAUCUGCCACCUUCCCUCCAUGCAUCCCCCCCACACUUGGGGAUCUUCACUCCCUCCCUCCUGCCACCCUCCGCCCCCCCACUUGCCGCGCUCUCUCUCCCUCUGGCAUCCCAUCCCUUCAGCUCGCUCAUAGGACUUUUGAGGCGCCUCAAAUGUCCUCCGCCCUCCCUCUCACCACUCUCACACUGCCAUCCCCUCGCUCGGAGAAGCUGGCGGAGAUGGGCGGCGGGCUGGGCGGCGAGACUCGGAUCUUUGCGCGCGGGCAGACCAUCUUCUGGCGGCUGCUACAGCUGGCGACGGCUAUCAUCGCACUGGCGGUCAUGACCGCCUCUAACGCCAACGGCAUGUACUUCCAGUACUACCAGGCGUUCAUAUUCAUGGUGGCGGCAAUGACAGCAGUAGCGGCAUGGUGCCUCGCCCAUCUGCUGCACUCCAUCGGUCGCCUCAUGUCCCGCAAGUGGCGCAUCACGCUCUUCGUCCUCCUCGACUUCCUGGUGGCAUGGAUUGCUCUGGCCGGUGCCUCUGCUGCAGCGGGUCUCACCAGCUUUGCGGACAAGGGAUCGGGAAUGGUGCAGCCGGGAUACUGCCAGAUGGGGCUAUUCUCCAGCUUCUGUGCGCGCACCAAGGCCGCCACGGCCUUUGAGGCGCCCCAAUACAUGCCUUACUGCUCCUACUUGCUCCACCCCCCACUGGCCCCGUGCAUGCAGAUGGGGCUAUUCUCCAGCUUCUGUGCGCGCACCAAGGCUGCCACGGCCAUGGCCUUCAUCACCUUCUUCGUCCUCAUCCCCUCCCUCGUCGCCUCCGCCACGCGAGCCGUCGUCACCUGGUUCGAAGACUAG